CGAUUUUCCCUUGUUUUCUACAAAGCAAACGAAUCGUCCAUCUCUGAAAACCAGAAGUCAAAAUUCUUGUCUCUCUUUUUUUUUUUAACUGUUUUGAAGUUGAAAAUCAUAUCGUGGAACGGUGGAAGAGAGACUGGCCAAUUCAAUUCUCUCUCCCUCCUGGUGAAGUUCUUCUUUGAAUUUCUGUGAUCUCAUUUUCUCGCUUAUUUCAAGCAUAAAUUAAUAAAUAAAAUCUUUUAAAACUCUCAUUUCCAGAUCUAAAUUAUAAUUUGUUUUCCCCUUAAUUCGGUGAAGAGAGAUAAAAAGAGAAAAGAGACAGAGAGAUUAAAAAAGCUUCGAAGGGAAAACAUGAUCACAAUUCCGUAUUUGACCGCUUUAACCACCUACUUCAGCUAUGGCCUUCUCUUCGCGUUUGGCCAAUUCCGUGAUUUCUUCAGGAAAAUUUUUGAUUGGUGGCAUGCCAGCAAUCUCCAGGGAUAUGCUCCGAUCUGUUUAGGACUUGAAGAUUUCUACGUUCGACGCUUGUAUCUUCGCAUUCAGGAUUGUUUUGGGAGACCGAUAUCAAGUGCUCCUGAUGCGUGGUUUGACGUUGUUGAGCGCUACUCGAAUGACAAUAAUAAAACAAUGAAGCGAACUGACAAGAUAAAUAGGUGUCUGAACUUGGGAUCAUACAAUUAUCUUGGCUUUGCGGCAUCUGAUGAAUAUUGCACACCCCGUGUAAUUGAUUCAUUAAAUAGAUUUUCAGCAAGCACCUGUAGUACUCGUGUUGAUGGAGGAACGACGACAGUGCAUAAAGAACUGGAGGAAUGUGUUGCAAACUUUGUUGGGAAGCCAGCUGCUAUAGUCUUUGGCAUGGGCUAUGUGACAAACUCUGCUGUCCUUCCGGUCCUAAUGGGAAAGGGAGGGUUGAUUAUUAGUGAUUCAUUAAACCACAACUCAAUUGUCAAUGGUGCACGAGGCUCAGGAGCUACCAUCCGAGUUUUUCAACAUAAUACACCUUCUCAUUUGGAGAAAGUUCUCAGAGAACAAAUCGCUGAGGGACAGCCCAGGACACAUAGACCGUGGAAGAAGAUAAUUGUUGUUGUGGAGGGUAUUUAUAGUAUGGAAGGCGAACUUUGUAAACUUCCUGAGAUUGUUGCAAUAUGCAAGAAGUAUAAGGCAUAUGUUUAUUUGGACGAGGCUCACAGCAUUGGGGCAGUUGGGAAGACAGGAAGAGGAGUAUGUGAGCUCUUAGGAGUGGAUACUGCUGAUGUGGAUAUCAUGAUGGGAACUUUUACAAAAUCUUUUGGGUCUUUUGGUGGUUAUAUUGCUGGAUCCAAGGAACUUAUACAAUAUCUCAAGCACACUUGUCCUGCUCAUCUAUAUGCAACAUCAAUAUCGCCUCCAGCUGCACGGCAAAUUAUAUCUGCAAUAAAGGUUAUUCUUGGGGAGGAUGGUUCUAGUAGAGGGGCUCAAAAACUUGCAAGGAUACGUGAGAAUAGCAACUUUUUCAGGUCAGAGCUGCAAAAGAUGGGAUUUGAGGUCCUUGGAGACAAUGAUUCUCCUGUAAUGCCUAUAAUGCUUUACAAUCCGGCAAAGAUCCCUGCAUUUUCCCGAGGGUGCCUCAAACAAAAUAUUGCUGUUGUUACAGUUGCUUUCCCUGGCACCCCACUACUUUUGGCCAGGGCACGUAUUUGUAUAUCUGCCGCACAUACUAAGGAAGACCUUCUUAAAGCCUUGGAGGUUAUCAGUGAGGUCGGGGAUAUGGUGGGCAUAAAAUACUUCCCUGCAGAGCCUAAGAAACUGGAGCAGGGGAAAGACACAAUCAAAUUGGAGUGAAAGGUUGAAAAGUUGCUUGGAAUUGCUUCCCGUAUGUAGAUUUUAUCUAACAAGUGAUUCUUCUUCAUCAGUCACUCGUUUGUAGUACCAAUAGGCCCAGUAGUAUCCUAAGGUUCCUACAUGUUAGUGGUUUUGCGCAUGAUGUUCUUGGGAUUUUUGCUACUUAAUGUAUAGGUACUAAUUUAAUUCAUCUCAUUGUAUGAUCAUUUUCUCCUUCCCAACCCGCGGCAAGUCUCACCUUUGAUAUAGAAAUAGGAGACCUCAAGACGACGAAAACAGGCUUCACCACCAACUUCUACAUUCUUAACUAACUUUUCCCAUUCUUCUUUCUAUAGAAAAUAUUUUGGCAGAGUA